GGCCGCGCGGUUUGCUCGCUCCCUUGCUGAGUGAGUGUUGGGGCUCGCGGUCGAUGGAAGCCGGAUACAUUGUUACUCUGGAGUUGGAAUGAAGUUGUGUUGGAAGUUUUUAUCCCGGACAGCCCUGGUGAAUACGAGCCUGCAACCGAAGCCCGAAAAUGGCUGCAAAUAAGGCAAAGAAAGUUACGAAAAUGGCAACGAAAGCAUGUCCGGAAUGUGACCAACAGAUUCCUGUUGCCUGUAAGUCAUGCCCGUGUGGAUUCAUUUUUAUUAGUAGAAGACUACUGAAUGCUAAACUGUCUGAGAAAUCACCACCACCUAAUUUAGAUUUACAAGCUGAAGGCAGAGAUGAAUUCAAGAUAUUAACAGGAAAAGUCCCGGACAACAAAUCAGCAGCUAAGAGAAGGAGAACAGAAAGGGCACGGCGCGAGAAGGCAAAUUCUGCUCUUGCUAAAGACUUGGAAAACAGGAAGCGUUCCAGAUCCGACAGCCAAUCUGAACAAAUUCGGCGGCGACGAGGGCGACCCAAGACCACCCCUAGCAAGAAACAUGAUGACGAGAAAGAAAGGCAAGAAAAGGAAGUUGAUGUAUAUGCAAGUCUUUCAGAUGAACGAGCCUUUGUAUUUUCAGUGGCAUUGGCAGAAAUAAACAGAAAAAUAAUCAAUCAAAAAUUAAUUCUUUGACAAAGCAUUCUAAAGUGAAAUAUAACCACAACUCAGGACUCAGCUCUUGCACAGUUGUUUCACCUAUUUGGAUCUCGUACUGUGAUGUUUUCCAGCAUUAUUGUGGAUGCCUAAAUCUAUAGUUAGAUUCUGCUUAAUUGACAGAUGACUUUUUUUUUAAGCAGAACUUUUCCAUGUCUUGGAUAUGGACAGGUGGUGACUUGAAUUCGUACACCAAAGUGGACGAAAACAAUUUCUUUCCUAAAUCUCAAGAUACUUUGUAAGGAAAUAAUAAUUCCACAUUGAACAAAGGUGUAGAUCCAUGCAUCGAUCAAGAAACCGGUGAAAAGCUUGUUUCCCCAAUCCAUUUUGUCAACUGAACAAGCCAGGAAAAGGAACCAAAGAUGUUCUCCUGGUGUGUUUACGUGAACCUAGAAAUGGUUAUUUCUGAUCCAAAUGCAGAUUUCCUUGUGUUUUACUUUAUUUAUGACAUUGCUUACAGGUAUUAUCUAUUCUGGUCUGUGUAAUUAGUCUAAACACUGCAUAAAAUACUACAAUAAAAAAGUGUUAAGUUUCAUA